AUGGUGGGGGUGCUGAAGAAGACCACUGGCUUCGUGGGAUUGACUAUAUGUGACACUCUACACGAGAGGCUGAGAAUAUUGUACACAAAGAUUCUUGAUGUUCUUGAGCAAAUCCCUAAAAAUGCCACAUAUAGAAAGUAUGCAGAACAGAUUACAAAUGAGAAGUUGGCUAUGGUUAAAGCAGAACCAAAUGUUAAGAAAUUAGAAGACCAACUUCAGGGUGGUCAAAUAGAAGAGGUAAUUCUUCAGGCUGAAAAUGAAUUAUGUCUGGUGAGAAAAGUGAUGCAAUGGAAACCUUGGGAGCCGUUAGUGGAAGAGCCUCCUGCCAGUCAGUGGAAAUGACCAAUGUAAUCAUUAAAUAACUUUGGUGGGUUGAUGGGAAACUGAUGUAAUUAAACAUUCUGUUAUAUUAAAAAUGUGUCCAUAUUAUUGACAUCUUAUAAUUAAGAAAACUGAGAGAAUAUAUUUAGGAGACUUGU